GCCCGCUCCGGCCGCCCUGCGCCUCCCGCCGCGCCCGGGAUGUAUUCGUCCCCGCUCUGCCUGACCCAGGAUGAGUUCCACCCGUUCAUCGAGGCGCUGCUGCCCCACGUGCGCGCCUUCGCCUACACCUGGUUCAACCUGCAGGCGCGGAAGCGCAAGUACUUCAAGAAGCACGAGAAGCGCAUGUCCAAGGACGAGGAGCGCGCGGUGAAGGACGAGCUGCUGGGCGAGAAGGCCGAGGUGAAGCAGAAGUGGGCGUCGCGGCUGCUGGCCAAGCUGCGCAAGGACAUCCGGCCCGAGUGCCGCGAGGACUUCGUGCUGGCCAUCACCGGCAAGAAGGCGCCGGGCUGCGUGCUCUCCAACCCCGACCAGAAGGGCAAGAUGCGGCGCAUCGACUGCCUGCGCCAGGCCGACAAGGUGUGGCGGCUGGACCUGGUCAUGGUGAUCCUGUUCAAGGGCAUCCCGCUGGAGAGCACGGACGGCGAGCGCCUGGUGAAGGCGGCGCAGUGCGGCCACCCGGUGCUCUGCGUGCAGCCGCACCACAUCGGCGUGUUUCACCUUCAGAGCAAGCGGACUGUCCGCCGCCCCCGCCUGCGGCGCCCCCAGACGGAGGCCUCCCUGAGCGGGAGCCAGUGCAGAGGGCCGGAGCCCAGCUGCACGGGCCGCUCCACGAGGCGGCUCCCAGGCCCAGGCUGGCCACAGACAGCCUGGGACAGGUUGCUGCCGGUGGACAAGCCUGUCCUCGUCCUCGCCUCCUUAUGUUUGGGGUUCUGGGGUGGUGGGCGCCAGGGGGAGCCGUGGGAAGAGGAGGGGGCUCUGCUCAGCGUCCGCAGGAGACUGUGUGCAGGGGAGCUGGGCCCCGGGGCUGAGCCUGGGGGCAGCCAGGACCAGGGCAGCGGAUGGACUCGGGGCGCAGAGACCUCCAUGGUGGGGCAGGGCCCGCUGGCCACCAGUCCUGCCCCGUCCUGGGCACACGCAGGGCAGCAAGGGCGAGGCAGCAGCCGGAACCCCCCUGGUCAGGAGCUGGUGGGGGUCAGCGGCUGGCUGGAGGCCGGAGGCCCAGGGCUCUCACCAGCCUGUGCCCCAGCUGCAUGGCCGCUCAUGGGCAGCCGAGCCGCCAUCUUCCGCACACAGGGUGCUGACCUCCUCCUGCGCCGUGGCUUGGUGGACGCCCAGCGUGGAGUGCGUCACGCGGUGCUGCGGGUGCUGGUGGCCCGCGUCUCCCUGAGCCCCUCUGAGCCCACAGAGGACCUGGAGCAGGCCCAGGCAGCACUGCAGCGCGGGACGCUCCGAGCCUGGAUGCUGGCCAGGGCAGGGUCUGCAGGACGUCAAGCCGCUGGCCUCAGGACCAGGCUGCGGACACGACGGUCCUCCGUGGCUCCUGAGGCCACGCCGGGCUGGUCCACCUACGCGGAGCAGAGCAGCAGCCCCCGGGCAGGGAUGGGGUCCGACCAGGAGGACAGCAAGCCCAUCACGCUGGACACAACUGACUUCCAGGAGAGCUUUGUCACCUCCGGCGUGUUCAGUGUCACCGAGCUCAUCCAAGUGUCCCGGACACCUGUGGUGACCGGGACAGGACCCAACUUCUCUCUGGGAGAGCUGCAGGGGCACCUGGCCUACGACCUGAAUCCCGCCAGCACGGGCAUGAGAAGGACGCUGCCCAGCACCUCGUCCAGCGGGAGUAAGCGGCACAAAUCGGGCUCGAUGGAGGAGGACGUGGACACGAGCCCCGGCGGCGACUACUACACUUCACCCAGCUCUCCUACGAGUAGCAGCCGCAACUGGACAGAGGACAUGGAAGGAGGCAUCUCGUCCCCGGUGAAGAAGACAGAGAUGGACAAGUCGCCCUUCAACAGCCCGUCCCCCCAGGACUCACCCCGGCUGUCCAGCUUCACCCAGCACCACCGGCCUGUCAUCGCCGUGCACAGCGGGAUCGCCCGGAGUCCUCACCCGUCCUCGGCCCUGCACUUCCCCACCACGUCCAUCCUGCCGCAGACGGCCUCCACCUACUUCCCCCACACGGCCAUCCGCUACCCACCUCAUCUCAACCCCCAGGACCCCCUCAAAGAUCUCGUCUCGCUGGCCUGCGACCCAGCCAGCCAGCAGCCUGGACCGCCUACUCUACGCCCGACACGUCCCCUGCAAACCGUUCCUUUGUGGGAUUAGGACCAAGGGAUCCGCGGGCGUGUAUCAGGCACAGUCCUGGUACCUGGGAUAACAGAGGUCUCUUCCCGCCUCUCCUCCAUCGUCCUGGGGACCCGGGGCACGGCCCCCACCCGCAUUCUUGGUGGAAAUCAGAGCGAGCAAGACCGCCCCUGCCGACUCCCAGCUUGGUGCAGGAGGACGAGGGAGGAGGACGAGAGACACACCGUGCCCUCCCGACGCCCCGCGGCCCGCGGGAGGCCGCUACAGGGUCUCCCUAAGUUAUUCAUCUCCUUCCCACGGCCACCGCUGCCCCGUGGCACCAGCGCUGCCCAGAGACCAGGUGAGCACAACCUGGCGCCUGUGGCCAGGGUCAACGGACGGGCAACGCCCAGCAAGGCCACCUCCCCCUGGGCCUGCGCCACCGCCGCCAGCGUGGGGACCCCGGCCAGUCCCCCUCUGUGGAUGGUGAUUGCCAAAGAGGGGAGGCAGGUGCUGGUGGGAAGGGGUCAGCCAGGACCCCAGCCUCGGGCAGCAGAGACCUGGACGGAGGGCGCGGUGGGCGGACGAGUGGGGAGGGCUGCAGAGCAAAGUGGGGAGGCCCUGGACGUGGCAGGGGUCCAUCGCUGGCACUCACCAAGGAAGGACGCCAGGCGGGCACUUGGGGAGCCCAGGAGGGCCCUGAGGCUGGCCACGCCCUCCCAGACCCCCGAGGACCCGCCUGGCCCUGCUGUGCUGGGGACUUGCCUUCGGCCCUCGGGAGGAGAAGUCUCUAUGCAAUUAGACCCCAGCCCGCCUGGCGCCGCCCGCCGCCCGCCUGGCACCCAGGGAGGAGCCCGCGCACAGCAGGAGACGCACUUUCUGAGGACGGGGUGGGCCAGACUGAGUGGAGGGGCCGCAGAGCCUCCCUGUCCCCAGGCGGAGGCCAGAGAGUGGUUUAAGUGCCUGAUCCCCACCGGCCGCCCCGUGUCCAGCUGGGACAGUGUGGCCGGGCUCCCACCCCCGCUCCCAGCCACCUCCACUCACGGGCCCCUCAUUGCUGUGUCCCCAGAGCUAGAGAGAUGGGACCCCAGGGCUGCGCUGGGCAGGCCCCCGCCUCCUCGCCAGUGCCUUACACCUGGAGCAGCCCGUGCCUGCGCCCCCAGGGACCCCUGUGCACUUUCACGUCCCGCGAGGGGAGGUGCAGAGCCACCUGGAAGGGGAGCGGGCCUGGGCGGAGGGCUCUGGGGACAGGCCUGGGCGUCCACCUGCAGCCCAAGGACCUCUCAUCCGCUACGCGUUUCCGUUGAGCUGCUCCAAAACACUAAGCUGGGCGCCGGGGACCCUGACCCCGGCCCAGCCAUCCCACCGUCCCCUCCUAGGAUUGCUGUUGUGGGGCCCCGAUGGCGGUGCUGUGUGUUUGGGGGCCACUGAGCCCAAGCGCAAGGACCCCUUCUGGCCCACACAUCCCAACUGACACCCUUCAUGCCUGGCGCUGGGGACAACCCCAAGACCCGCCCCGCCCCGGGCCAAAGCCAUCAUGCAGGACAGGCCCUCCAGGCCCGUCCACCCCACGCUGCCCCGACCGUCUCACCCCCACCCCAGCUUCCAGACUCUCCUCCCAAAUUGGCCCCGGGGCCUUGGCCAACCUGCUGGUCACUUGGAGAAAGACCCUUCGCUGGCCCCCCACUGCCCCUUUGCCCAGAGGGUCCUGCCAUCCUCAGCCUCGAACCCUUGGUCCCUCUGUCUGUCCGUCCGUCCAUCCUCAGGGCCCCUCCACUGGGUGACCGUUUGGGGACCAAAGCGUGGGCCACUCUCGGGCAAAGCAGAGGCAUCUGGAAGCGUCUCAGCCAGGGUGGGGGUGGGGAGGGGCCGCACGGGGGACCUGGGGUCGGGGCGCACAGAACCAGCUCUUUACCUACUUUGCAUGGUGCUUAGGACCCCGCGGCCCGGCUCCGGCGUCGCCCACGGUGGCGCCUGCAUGGCAGAUAUACCUGGCUCUGUCCCUCCGCCUCCCGGCCCCCUCUUGAAAAAAUCAAAAAAUCCUUUAAAAAGUUCCAUGUUUCCUAAUUUGCACGAAGUUUUCUACCACAUGAUGUGCCUUGCCUCGGAGAAUAAGUAUUAUUCAACAGUA